AUGGCACAAACAAAACUGGUGCUGUGUGUGUUAGUAGCAGUUACAGCUACACUCUGGCAGAGGGUCAGCUCUGCCUCUGCAGGAUACACUUAUCAGCCAUCAACUUCAGGUGUAUCUUCAACUUUCCCAGGAUCACACAGCGGUGGACCUCUAACAUUACCUGGCUUAUCCACCGGUUUAUUUGGAGGUUUACCUAAUAACUAUGGACGUCCACCUAUAGGGGGGUUAUCCAGUGAUAUAGGAAAUCCUGUAACGAGUGGUGUUGGUAAGCCCCUUCAACCCGGUUUUGGCAGUUCAACAGCUUCUGGAAAUUUUGGAGGCUCUCAAACUGCAUUGUAUGGCAGCUCUUUGACAGGAAAUUCUGGACAUGUUGGACAACAUCCUGCAGGCUCAUUAUUUGGAGGUUACAGUGCUCCUCAAACUGGUCUUGGAGGACUUUCAGCAGGAAAUCUUGGAAAUUCCUUUACCAGUGGUUUUGGUGACCCUGCCAUUGCUGGUUCUGGAGGUUUACAUGGUGGUAGUUCUCAAACAAGUGGAUUUGGCAACCCCUUUAUUGGUAACUUAGGAGGUUCUCAGUUUGGUGGCUAUGGAGGUUCUGUGCCAGGUGAUGGAAAUAUUGGACUCAACCCACUAAGUUCACCAUUGGGAAGUUAUGGGGGUUCUCAAAUGGGCUUUAUCGGGUCUUCAGUUGGGAGUUUUGUGAAUUCCUUAACGUCUGGUUUUGGCAACCCUGCUACAGUUGGCUCAACAGGUUUAUUUGGUGGAAGUUCUGGAGGUUCUCAGGUUGGUAAAUAUGGAAACUACUUUACUGGAAAUAAUGCAGGAUUUUCUACUGGGAACUUUGUUGGACCUAGUCCUACAUUGUCCUCUGUAGCGGAUUAUGGGGGAUCAUCUCACACAGGUUUUGGUGGCUCUGUUUCUGGUCCUCAUGGAGGUGGUUUAUCAGGUGGCCACUUUGGAAAUUCUCAAACAGAAGGAUACCAACAACCUACAACAGGAAGUUUCAGAGGAUCUCUGACUGAAAGUCUGCUGACACAACAAACAACGGGAUCAUUCACAGGAGGUUAUGCUCCUUUAGAGGGACAUUUCGGAGGAUCUUUGACUGGAUCAUCAGUAGGAAGUUAUGGAAGCUCCUCUAAUGUAGGUUUUGGAAGCUCGACAGGAAUUGGCUUUGGAGCUACAACUGCGGGGAGUCUUGGUUCCUCAUCUACUGGAGGAUUUGGAACUUCACUAGGAGGAAACUUUGUUGGGGGAUCCCUUGGAGGUUUGCAAGGUCAAGCACGACCUGUGGUGCCUAUCCUCGAGGAUCAACGAGAAGAACCAUAUCCUAAUGGCAUAUACAGAUUUAGAUACGCAACCGGAGACGGCAUCGUUCGUCAAGAGGAAGGAUACCCAGAUGGAGGAAUGGUUUCACAGCAAGGAGGGUGGUCAUUCACAUUCCCAGAUGGAACUCCGGCAAUUGCCAAUUACGUUGCUGACGGAAACGGCUUCCGCAUAGACUCCAAUCUGCUACCCACCCCUCCUCCCCCUCCACCUCAUGCAAUUGCUCAAAUCGAGAAGGCCCAGCAGGAAGAGGCUGCAGCUGCUGCAGCUGGAUAUCAGUUAUCGGAAGACGGCAACUACGAGCCCAUCCCUGGAUCACAUGGUCAAAAUUUCAACAAUAUACCUCAAGUUACUGGAACUGGAUCUCAGUUCCACGUUUCUGCAAAUUCGUUCUAUGAUUCUUGA